AUGUCGGACGGAACGACGCCGAUGAGAAGCCUCACUCACGGCGCAAACACCACCGGCAACGCCGCGGGGGAAAGCCUGAACAAAACUAUGAACGUAGAUGACCUCGAAGCGGAUCCCGAGUGGUCCGCGGAGCAUGACCUCGUUUACCCGGAAGGAGGAUGGACAGCAUGGUCCCAGGUUUUGGCCGGCAACAUGCUCAACGCGCUGGCGUGGGGCUACCCGGCGACGUUCGGCGUCUACCAACUCUACUACACCGAUAAGUUGCACCUGCCCGCGGCCCAGGUUUCGUGGAUCGGCUCGGUCCAGAUCUUCCUGACAUUUGCCCUGUGCACCAUCUCGGGCCGGCUGACGGACGCCGGCUACGCCCGGCAUGCCGUUUUAGUGGGGUGCCUUUUUGUCAUCUUUGGCUCCUUCAUGACCAGUCUAUGCACUCGGUACUGGCAGAUCAUGCUCGCCCAGGGCGUCUGCACCGGCAUGGGCCUCGGUGUCCUCUUCAUGCCAAGCGUCGCCAUCAUCGGGUCCUACUUCAAGGAAAAGCGGUCUUUGGCGCUGGCCAUUUCGACAACAGGCACUGGCGUUGGCAGCCUCAUCUUUCCGUCGACCCUGCAGUACCUUGUUCCGCAAGUCGGGUUCCCUUGGGCCGUACGUUGCUCUGCCUUUGUCGCGCUCGCCGUUGCGACGAUAGCCAAUGUGCUUCUGAGACCCCGGCUACCCCCGAGAAAGUCCGGUCCGCUGGUCGAGUGGACCGCUUUUCGGGAAGGGCCGUACAUUUUGUUCACCUUGGGAGUAUUCUUCUAUUUCAUGGCACUGUAUUUUGGUUUCUUCUACGUGAGUCGCAAACAGCCGCGGUGUGCCCCCAACACGCGCUCACGAACGCAACAGAUCAACACAUACUCCCGAAAGAUUGUAGGGUUUUCGACGACCGAUUCGGUAUCGCUGCUUCUUAUCACCAACGGCAUGGGCAUACCCAUUCGCCCAGUCGUUGGCUGGCUGGCUGACCGUCAUGUCGGCCCCAUUAACAUGUUCAUGUUGAUGGUAUUCCUGCUGGGCGGCAUGGAGUUUGUAUGGAUCGGUGUAGAGACCAGGACGGGCAUGUACAUCUUCAGCGUCUUUUUCGGCUUGUCCAACGGAGCGGCACAGGGGGUGUUUGUAGGCUCAACGGCAAGCCUGACGACAGACCCGCAGAAGAUGGGCACGCGCUUCGGUAUGAUUGCAACGAUAUCGGGCUUUGCGUCGUUGGCCGGGCCUCCAACGGCUGGCGCCAUCAUUGACAAGGCCGGCGGGCAGUAUCUCGGGGCUCAGAUAUGGGGUGGCGCCAUGAUGAUAGCGAGCUCACUGAUGAUUGCAGCGGCGAGAACCGCCAAGGCGGGAAAAGCCUGGAGGGUCAAGCUGUAA